CGAGGCGCUGCGGUCAGGUGUCAAGAAUCCUUGUUUUUGUAAACGUUUUUCUCGAGAUCGUGUGAAAAUCGGGCAAUUCCACAGGUUUUGGACACUUUUCCACCACACUCAGCCAUGGCAGAUGAUCUUCAGAACUACAAACUGCAGCUUCAGCAGGUGGAAGUGGCCUUGCUCUCAGAUCCCGACAACCAGGAGCUGCUGAAGCUGAAAAAGGACCUCGAGGAGGUGAUUGACCUGACGCGCGACCUGAUAAAGACACAACUGGAGGAGCAGAAGAAGUCCUCGUACAUCGGGCCGGACACAGACAAAUCCUCGCUGUACGACGACGACAUUGACCAGGUGCUGAGGGCGGCGGAGCGCAUCCAGGACGAGGAGAAGCAGGCGAGCUGGAAGAUCGGCGACAAGUGUCAAGCCAAGUGGACGGAGGACGGCCAGUACUACGACGCCACCAUCGAGGGCAUCACAGUCGGCGGCGAGGUCAGUGUCAUCUUCGACGCAUAUCAGAACCGAAGUACAACAACGCUCAAGGAGCUGCGGGAACGCACCACACGCAAUGAAGUAUUCCCAUCGAGUAGUAGCAACAAACGCCGCCACCCGAACCAGAAGGAGUAUCUGAAGAAGAAGAAGAUGAAAAAACAGCAGCGCUUCAAGGAGCUGGAGCAGGAGCGCGAGACGGAGAAGAACAAGUGGCUGGCUUUCACCACGAAAAGUGCCAAGAAGUCGGGUGGCAUUCCAAAGAGCAUCUUCGCGUCCCCGGACAAUGUGAACGGCCGCGUGGGCAUUGGCACGUGCGGCGUGGCCGGGAAGCCCAUGACGGAGACGAAGACGUGCGAGAAGUGGCGCAAGGGGAUUUAGAUCAUGUUCACUCACACUUUCAGAUACGUUUCUUUAUUGGAGACACCGAAAUAUAGCUGGCAUUU